AUGCUUGCCAUAGUUGCACCCAUGGCCACGGAAAUUGCCGGCGUCCGCCGGGCGAUACUCGACCCGCAGGGUAAGGGCGUGAUGACGCGCGUCACGGGAGUCGGGAGACAGAGCACCGAGGCGAGCGUCACGGCCCUGGCGGCACGAUCGCCGGAGGCGAUCCUCAUGAUCGGGUUUUGCGGCGGCGCUGAUCCGGAGCUCCUUACCGGAGACCUACACUUGGCCGACGUGUUUCUGUCCGCGGAACGUAUGGAACCCAUUGCCGCCGACCCAGGGAUCGCCAAUAGGCUGGAAGCAUGGGCCGACGGGCACGAAACCCGCGUGGUGCAUGGCCCGUCCGUGACGGUUGGCGCUGUAGCCAACUCGAAGGUCAAAUCCGCACUGCACGCGGCGACCGGAGCAAUGACGGUCAACAUGGAAGACUAUUGGGCUGCGACUACGGCAGCCGCUUACGGAAUUCCGUUCGCGUCGCUCCGGGCGGUGCUGGAUACCGCAGGGGACGAGUUGCCAGAUUACCUCGGUGACGUCGGUGACGGGCUUGUCAAUGUGCUGGGCGGCGUAGCCAGGCAUCCCGGGAGAGUGGCGAGUUUGUUGCGGCUGGCCCGGAUGGCACGGGUGGCACAGAACCGCCUGGCCCAUUGCGUACCCGGCUUGUUGGAAGCGCCGCCUGUACUACCCGCCGGGAUGGGUCCGUUGAUCCGAUGA